AUGGACAAAUCGCCCCACUUGCCCAUCCACUCCCCCGCUCCCCCGUCUGAGCAUUCCAAGUCACGUCCCGUCUGGACAUGUGCCGCCCUGUUCUCGCACAUUAGUAUCGAUGCGCUCCUCCCUGCAACUAAUGCCGCAACCGGAAUCAGCUGGUGGCCAUGUCCGGACAUUACAACCACCCAAUGCGCAUAUUUGACCGUGCCAAGAGACUAUGCCAACCCGCAAGCCGACGAUACAGUCUCGAUUUUCAUGCGCAAGGUUCCGGCGACGGUUGCGCGCAAAGAUUACCUUGGGAGUAUUUUGAUUAAUCCUGGCGGACCAGGUGGCUCGGGGAACGCCAUGGCAGCGACAUGGGGACCGAAAUUCAGUGCCAUGCUUGAAGGGCGGUAUGACAUUAUCGGAUUCGAUCCUCGUGGUGUCAAUAUGACAACGCCUAAACUCGGAUGUUACGAAACCGAAGCCCAGGCCGUUCAUGCCACUUAUAAACAAACCAUAUUGGGUAUACCGUACGAUUCGCGCGGAUCUUCUGCUCUACCCGGCGGAACCCGUGCACGAAUGGAGCAUGCCUAUCUAACGAGAUUAAACGCGUCUUUUACAGCUACUUCGCUCGCAUGUCUCGAAAAUGGAAACAGGCCGAUGUUGGAAUCUGUUAGUACUGCGUAUGUGGUACAGGAUAUGGAACGCAUCGUGGACGCUCUAGGGGAGGAUGGUCUGAACUUUUGGGGGUUCUCGUACGGGACUAUUCUGGGAUCGACGUUUGCAGCUAUGCGCCCGCAUCUUGUGAAGCGUAUGGUCUUGGACGGAGUAUCCAACGCCGAAUCGUACCAUAAUGAUAUCUAUCAAUGGGGUGUGGACGGUUUGGUUGAUAACCACAAGACGCUGGAAGGAUUCUUUGACUCGUGUGCGGAAGCCGGUCCCGAACGGUGCGCGUUUGCCAAGUCGCCUUCCGGGAAAGUGAGCACCUCGGGCGCGGACUUGCAUUCUCGUUUGGAAGCGUUGUAUUCGAGGUUGAGGGAUGAGCCUAUUCCUGUGUCCAAGUCCUUGACUGGUCCGGGGAUCCUGACCGCUUCAGAUCUCAAGCAGGUUGUUUUCCGUGGAUUGUAUAGUCCCAAGUUGUGGCCCGGGCUGGCUCAAGCUAUUGCGAACGCUGAAGCUGGAAAUCCUCAACUCUUGUAUGACCGUGAGUAUGGCAAUUACGAAGAAGUGAAGCCUGGUAAAGGAAACGGGAAUGUCUUCAACCGGUACAUGGAGAAACAUGGCCCGCCGGUAACUACAGCUGCUAUUAUGUGCGGCGACUCUGAACCAGCCCACAAAUCUUUGGACCAAUAUGCGGAAUAUAUUCAUGAACUAGGCAAGUCGGCUCCGAUUGGUGAGAUCUGGGCCCUGUGGACUGGGUUCUGCGCGAGCUGGAAGAUCCGGCCUGGGCAAAAGUACGAUGGUCCAUGGUCCGUAGAGGACGGGCUGCGAAAAACGAGGUUCCCCAUCUUGUAUGCGAGCUUGGACGCAGACCCCGUCACGCCUCUUGCGGCUGCGCAAAAGAUGGCCAAGUCGUUUGGGAACGAAAGUGCGGUACUGUUGGUUCAAGAGGGAUACGGACAUUGCACGAUUGCUCAUCCCUCGCUUUGCACCGCGAAAGCUAUUCGUGAUUAUUUCUUAAAGGGCAAGGUUCCUGUACCCGGAACACACUGUAAACCCGAACCUGGUCAUCUCUUCCCUGGGAACGACACCAAGUCGGUCUCGGCCCUCUCCUUCGAGGACCAGAAGCUGUGGGACGCACUCAGGGGAUUGGAAGACAUAAACACCCAGUUCCGUCAUCACCUUUGA